CUGCGAGAGUUCACACCUCUCACAGCAGUGCUCGGUGCAGUUCAAGAGUUUACACAGAAGUUCAUCGUUCAGAAAAGUCGCUGGGAAACUUAACUGAAGAUGUUUUGAAGAUCGGCUGCUCGGGAAUAUACGAUCCAUGCAAGAAGAUGGGAUGUCUUUCUAUCAAAACCGUUUGUAAAGGCACAGCGCUUCUGAUCUGUGUCAUUCUCCAGGGGUUGAAUGCGCAGACUGUUACAGCCCCAGCCACAACAAGCGCUCUUUCAACUGAGUCUCAAACAACAGCUCCAGCCACUACAAGCUCUCUUUCAACUGAGUCUCAAACAUCAGCUCCUUCAAAUGUCCAAGCAGCUCCUGCCACUACAAGCUCUCCUUCAACUGAGUCUCAAACAUCAGCUCCUUCAACAGCUCCUGCAACUACAAGCUCUCCUUCAACUGAGUCUCAAACAUCAGCUCCUUCAACAGCUCCUGCAAAUAUAAGCUCCCCUUCAACUGAGUCUCAAACAUCAGCUCCUUCAACAGCUCCUGCCACUACAAGCUCUUCUUCAACUGAGUCUCAAACAUCAGUUCCUACAACAGCCCCUGCCACUACAAGCUCUCCUUCAACUGAGUCUGAAACAUCAGCUCCUCCAACCUCUGCAACUACAAGCUCUCAAACAUCAGCUACUCCAAGACCAAAUGCGAUCGAGAAUCUCACAGUAACUGAAAUCUCCUCAUCAUUUGUGCUUCUGAAAUGGGAUAAACAACUCGAAAUGGGGUCUUCCUUCAAAGUUAAAUGGACCGCUGAUGAAACAUAUGGGAAUGUAACAGUCACAGUCACAAAUGUAACAGUUGCUGGUCUGAUUGCUGGAGUCAAUUACACAUUUUGCAUCACAGUCGUUGUAGCAGAUACAUCAACAGAACCUGUCUGUAUCUCAGCAUGGACCAAACCGGAUGUGAUCAGGGAUCUUAAUGUGACUGAAAUCACAACAUCAUCUGUGUUUCUGACAUGGGAUGAACCAGCUGGAAAUAGAGAUUUCUUUAAAAUUAACUGGACUGAUGAUAAAACAUACAACCAUGUAACAACCAAUAACACAUGGUAUAACAUCACUGGUCUGACCGCUGGAGUCAAUUACACAUUUAUCAUCACAGCUGUUGCAGCAGAUCAAUCAACAGAAGGAGAAUCAGUGGUUACCUCAAAAUAUACUAAGCCUGACGUCAUAAUGAACCUCACAGCUGAUGAUAUUACAACAUCCUCUGUCUUACUAAACUGGACUAAACCGAAUGGUCAAAGCUCCCGUUAUCGUGUAGAAUAUGAAGAUAAGAAUGUGAUGACUGAAAACACAUCCAUCAAAAUAAAUGAUUUGAUUCCUGGAGCGCAGUACACAUUCAGAGUGUUUGCAGUUGCAGCUGAUCAUGUGACCGAGGGAAGAGCCAAUCAGAUUCCACUGUAUACCAAGCCAGAUGUAAUCAGUAAUUUCACAGUGUCUAAAAUCACAACAUCAUCCAUGUUUCUGACAUGGGCUGAACCAUUUGGAAAUAGAUCUUUCUUUAAACUUAACUGGACUGACAAGAAUUUGGACUUGAACAGAAAUGCAAUAGAAACUAAUAACACUUCCUAUCACAUCACUGGUCUGACUGCUGGAGUCAAUUACACAUUCUGCAUCACUGCUGUGGCAGCAGAUAAAACAACAGAAGGAGAAACUGUCUGCAUCUCAAACUAUACCAGACCUAAUGUGAUCAGGAACCUCGCAGUGUCUGAAAUCACAACAUCAUCUGUGUUUCUGACAUGGGAUGAACCAGUUGGAAAUAGAUCUUUCUUCAAAGUUCAAUGGGCUGAUGAUAAAACAAAUGCAACUACUAACACUUCCUAUAACAUCACUGGUCUGACUGCUGGAGUCAAUUACACAUUCUGCAUCACUGCUGUGGCAGCAGAUAUAUCAACAGAAGGAGACACUGUCUGCAUCUCAAACUAUUCCAAGCCAGGUGUGAUCAGGAAUCUCACUGUAAACAACAUCACAACAUCAUCUGUGUUUCUGACAUGGAAUGAACCAGGUGGAAAUAGAUCUUUUUUUAAACUUCAGUGGACUGAUGAUAAAACAAACAGAAAUUCAACAACCACUAACACUUCUUAUCACAUCACUGGUCUGACUGCUGGAGUCAGUUACACAUUCUGCAUCAUUGUUGUGGCAGCAGAUAAAUCAACAGAAGGCGAUGCAUUCUGCAUCUCACAAUUUACUAAGCCAGAUGUAAUCAGGAAUUUUACAGUGUCUAAAAUCACAACAUCAUCCAUGUUUCUGACAUGGGCUGAACCAUUUGGAAAUAGAUCUUUCUUUAAACUCAACUGGACUGAUGAGAAUUUGGACUUGAACAGAAAUGCAAUAGAAACUAAUAACACUUCCUAUCACAUCACUGGUCUGACUGCUGGAGUCAGUUACACAUUCUGCAUCACUGCUGUGGCAGCAGAUAAAUCAACAGAAGGAGAAACUGUCUGCAUCUCAAACUAUACCAAGCCAGAUGUGAUCAGGAAUCUCAGAGUAACCAAUUUCACAACAUCAUCUGUGUUUCUGACAUGGGAUGAACCAAUUGGAAAUAGAUCUUUCUUCAAAGUUCAAUGGGCUGAUGAUAAAACAGAUGCAACUUAUAACACUUCCUAUAACAUCACUGGUCUGACUGCUGGAGUCAAUUACACAUUCUGCAUCACUGCUGUGGCAGCAGAUCAAUCAACAGAAGGAGACACUGUCUGCAUCUCACAAUUCACAAAACCAGAUGUGAUCAGGAAUCUCAGAGUGACCAAUUUCACAACAUCAUCUGUGUUUCUGAGAUGGGAUGAACCAGUUGGAAAUAGAUCUUUCUUUAAAAUUCAGUGGACGGGUGAUAAAACAAACAGAAGUUCAACAACUAGUAACACUUCUUAUCACAUCACUGAUCUGACCGCUGGAGUCAGUUACACAUUUAUCAUCACAGCUGUUGCAGCAGAUCAAUCAACAGAAGGAGAAUCAGUGGUUACCUCAAAAUAUACUAAGCCUGACGUCAUAAUGAACCUCACAGCUGAUGAUAUUACAACAUCCUCUGUCUUACUAAACUGGACUAAACCGAAUGGUCAAAGCUCCCGUUAUCGUGUAGAAUAUGAAGAUAAGAAUGUGAUCACUGAAAACACCUCCAUCAAAAUAAAUGAUCUGAUUCCUGGAGCGCAGUACACAUUCAGAGUGUUUGCAGUUGCAGCUGAUCAUGUGACCGAGGGAAGAGCCAAUCAGAUUUCACUGUAUACCAAGCCAGGUGUGAUCAGGAUUCUCAAAAUUACUGAAAUCACAACAUCAUCAGUGUUUCUAAAAUGGAAUGAAACAGUUGGAAGUAGAUCUUUCUUUAACCUUAAUUGGAGUGAUGGUAAAACAUCCAACCAUACAAUAACCAAUAACACAUGGUAUAACAUCACUGGUCUGACUGCUGGAGUCAAUUACACAUUCUACAUCACUGCUGUGGCAGCCGACAAUUCAACAGAAGGAGAAACUUUCUGUAUCUCAAACUAUACCAAGCCAGAUGUGAUCAAGAAACUCAGAGUGACUGAUGUCACAAAAUCUUCUGUGUAUCUGACAUGGAAUGAACCAGCUGGAAAUAGAGAUUUUUUUAGAAUUCAAUGGAGUGAGAAAAGGAAGUAUGUAACAACUAAUAACACUUCCUAUCACAUCAAUGAUCUGACUGCUGGAGUCAAUUACACAUUCUGCAUCACUGCUGUGGCAGCAGAUCAAUCAACAGAAGGAGACAUUUUAUGCAUCUCACAAUUUACCAAUUCCCCUGAGUCUAACAUUCCACUGAUUGUUGGCGUAGUUUUGGCAGUGCUCUGUUUUCUCUUCAUCAUCACUCUCAUUCUCUUCUUCUAUUCAAAAAGACAAACCAAAAAACAAUGUCCCGACAUCCCUGUACACAACAUUAGCAAUAAAAUUAAUAUUGCUUUGAGAAUAGAGGAUUAUGAAGAGUACUUUAAGCAGAAACAUGCAGAUUCCAACUGUGGUUUUGCUGAAGAGUAUGAGGAGUUGAAAACUGUUGGAACGGCACAGUCCAAAAACACUGCCCUGGCUAUUGAAAACAAGCCGAAGAACCGUUACAGCAAUGUGCUACCUUAUGAUGCUUCAAGAGUGAAGUUAUCAAUGUGUGGCAGUCCCUUUGAUGACUACAUCAAUGCCAACUACAUCCCAGGCUAUAAUUCAAGAAAAGAGUUUAUAGCAGCUCAGGGUCCACUGCCCGUCACAGUGAAUGAAUUCUGGAGAAUGGUCUGGGAGAAGAAUGUCUUCACCAUAGUGAUGCUGACCAAAUGCAACGAGAUGGGACGAGUGAAAUGUGAGAAGUACUGGCCAUCAGGGACUAAUCAUUAUCAAAACAUCUCUGUGACAACCACCUCAGAGAUAGAACUGGAGAGUUGGACCAUAAGAGACUUCAGAAUCAAAAAUGUGAAAACAGCAGAAACUCGCUACGUACGUCAGUUCCACUUCACGGCGUGGCCGGAUCAUGGAGUUCCACAGACCACUGAAGUCCUCAUUGACUUCAGACACCUGGUCAGAGAACACAUGGACCAGUACUCACGCCACUCUCCAACUGUGGUGCAUUGCAGUGCCGGUGUGGGAAGAACAGGGACCUUCAUUGCCAUUGACCACCUGAUCUUCCAGAUUGAAAGAAACAGCAUGGUGGACAUCUACGGAAUUGUUAAUGAUAUGCGCAUGCACAGGCCUCUCAUGGUGCAGACUGAGGAGCAGUAUGUUUACCUCCACCAGUGUGCGUAUGACAUAAUUCGAUCAAGAACUGGAACCAACGUGGACUUAAUUUACCAGAACGCAGCAGCUCUCAGUAUCUAUCAGAAUGUAAAUUAUCAAAAAUCGUAAAUGUCCAUGGCCUCAAGAUGGCCA